AUUCUUGAAAUGUAAAUAAUCAAGAAAUGUUCAGAAUUAAAUCACAAUUAACUUUAAAAAAUUCCAAAAUGUUUUUCGUGUUAUUCCAACUAAUUAUUGUCUUCUUUAUUGGUGUAUCUACAAAAAUAGUUAACAGUAAUAACGGAAAAAUUGAGGGUUAUAAAACUCAAACGAUCACUGGGAAGGAUUUUUAUGCAUUUGAAGGUAUCCCAUAUGCUGAGCCUCCAAUUGGGGAAAAUAGAUUUGAGGAGCCAAUCCCGAAAAAGUCUUGGAAUGGAACUUGGGUUGCUAAUAAUUUAUACACUUGCCUCCAAUUAUAUCAUUCACCAGACACUGAAAAUUAUCCAGUUAUUGGUGACGAAGAUUGUUUAUAUUUAAAUGUUUACACUCCCAUCGAUUUAAAUGUCACGAAAAAAGAUCUUUAUAACGUUAUAGUUUUUAUUCACGGCGGUGCGUUUAUGUUCAAUUCCGGUGGAACAUACGGACCUAAAUACAUUUUAGAACGUGAAAAUAUCAUUUAUGUUAGCUUAAAUUACAGAUUAGGACCUUUAGGUUUCCUUUCAACGCAGGACGAAGUUCAACCCGGAAAUUUAGGAAUAAAAGAUCAAAUUUUAGCAUUAAAGUGGAUUAAGUCCAACAUAAAAUUUUUUAAUGGAAAUUCAAACUCGAUAACAUUAACCGGAAUGUCAGCCGGAGGUGCAAGCGUUCAUUUACACUACAUGAGUCAACUUUCCAAGGGUUUAUUUAAUCGCGGGAUAGCUCAAAGUGGCACAGCUUUAAACCCUUGGGUUUUAGCAGAAAACUCGAAGCAAAAAGCUUUUAAAUUAGGUGAAAUUUUAGGAUGUUCUACUUCAAAAAGUUUCGAAUUGAUUCAAUGUUUAAAAUCGAGGAAUUCUUAUCAAAUUGUUCAAGCUGUGAAACAUUUCCAAAAAUUUUUAUAUAACCCAAUUUCACCUUUUGGUGUUGUUAUCGAUGGUUUAUGGUCGAAAACUCCCGUUUUAAGCGACCACCCUUAUACUUUAUUAAAAAACGGACAAAUUGAGGAUUUACCAUUAAUUUUUUCUCAAGUUGGAGCUGAAGGGCUUUAUCCGGGAGCAGAUUUUUUAAGAAACCACUCUUUAAAACAUCUCGGUGAAAAUUUAAAUUUAUUGUUACCCUAUAUCUUGGAAUAUAAAGAUACCGCGGAUGCAAAUGACUUAGAUGGGGUAACUCAAAAAAUUCGAAAUUUUUAUUUAGGGGAGAAAAAAUUGAGUGAAGAAACAUUUUCAUUACUAAUUAAAAUGAUAUCGGAUCGCUUAUUUAUUGUUGAUAUCGAAAAAUCGGUUAAAUUGCACUCAAAAAAUUCAAAUUCGUCGGUAUAUUAUUAUAUUUUUAAUUAUAGAGGGGCUAAAAGUAAAUCGGAGCUUCGAACUGGACCUAAUUUUAACUUUGGGGUUUCCCAUGCUGAUGACACGGUUUAUGUUUUAUAUAGCAACCUUGACAUGAGAAGUAACGAAAUGGAUGAGAAAAUGUCUCAAUUAUUUCUAGAUAUGUGGCUUAACUUUGCUAAUAUUGGAAACCCAAAUAUUGCCAACGUUGAUUGGAUCCCAAUGGAUAAAAAUUUAGAAUCAAAUUUGAAAUAUCUCUAUAUCGAGUCACCUGAAAUAAUAGGAAUGAAAGAGAAUGGAACUUUGGGAAAUUCUGAAUUUUGGAAUUCUUUAAACAUUAAAGAAAACGAACGAUUAAAUGUUUAAGAAAAAAUAACAUCAAUUUUAAUUAAA